CUCGUUACAUGCCAUGUUGACCAUGUCGCAAUGAGUAACGUCUCUGUACUCAUUGCGACAUGCGUACAUUAAGUCUAGCCACCCUCUCAGGCCUUGCAUGCACUUGUAUAACCUCACAUGUGACUCGAUGACGGGAUGCGGAGGAUUGCGACGAUCGAACGUUACGAAUUUCUCACUUGUUCCUGCCCUGCUUGUAAAUGUGCAGAGUAUUGUCAGAUCGUCAGUAGCUGCAAUGUCUGGCGAGCAGCAGCACUUUAAUGCCAGAAGCCGAAAGAUACAGGUUAGUUUGUAUUUGGUCACCAAAACAAGCGUUGCGCGAAAUGUAGAGAUCCAUCCAUCGUCCAGGUAUACUUAAACAUGGUGGAGAUAAGUCCGGAAGAUUGCACCCUUCUGCACGCAUUCAACAUCAACCGCAUGAACGCAAACUCGAGACGCACCACAAGCUAAGCUACUCCUCAUCCUCUUCCUCCUCGUCCUCUUCCUCCUCCUCGUCCUC